AUGAAAUUAGUCGAUGUUAUUGAAUUUGGAUAUAGAUAUGCAGUGGGAUGGAAUCAAUUUAUGCUCAAUUUUAUCGGUGCAUGGCCACGAUCAAGCAAAGGAAUUUCAAAAUAUAAAACAUGGUUCUGUUUUUUUUGUGUUUUAAUUUUUAUAUGGAUACCGCUGAUCGCAAGUAUUUAUCCACUUUGGGGUAAUAUGGAUGCUGUGAUUGAGUGCCUUUCUAUUAGCAUUCCACUAAUAAUUGCUAUGAUGAAACUUGUAAUUUUUUAUUACUACAAAAAAGAAAUGAAAAUAUUUAUUGACUUAAUCGCUAAAGACUGGACAAUAAACAGAAGAGACAACGAAAAGAUACCGAUGAUGAAAAUGGCUAAUUUGAGCAGAGCUAUUUCAAUUAUUUCAGGUCUUCUUAUCAGCUCAACUGUCAUUGCCUUCAUUUUAUUCAAAGUAUGGAUGGCGACGCAAAUACAAAAAAAACAAAUAGAUCAUGAUUCAAAUGUAGCUAUUGAUCUUCUGUAUCCUGCUUACUUACCGUAUUCUACAAAAGAUUUAAAAUAUUAUUUACUAACUUGGGUAAUUCAGUGCUUUGCGACAUUAUUUUCACCAACAGCCUAUGCUUCGUUUGACAGUUUUAUGUCAAUGAUUUUAUUGCAUAUUUGCGGCCAGUUGGCAAUUGUUGGAAUAUCAAUUAAAAAUCUUGUGAAUGAGACAAAUUUUAAAAAUAUCUAUAAAUUUCGGUGGAGUUUAGGGCAAAUAGUCAAACGUCACGAGGAACUCAAUCAAUUUAUUGAACUUAUUGAAAAUUCGUUUUGCAUAGUUUUGCUCCCGCAAAUGCUUGUAUGUACAUUAGCAUUUUGUUUCCAAGGAUACAUGUUAACAAUGAGUACACUGAUAACUCAGACAUGCUAUGAAAGUAACUGGUUUAAUUUACCGUUUCGAGAAGCGCGUUUGUUAAUUUUCAUCAAUUACCGUUCUCACAAACCGCUCACAAUAACAGCCGGAAAAUUUUGUUCAUUUUCCAGACAUCUUUUCAUUAUGAUUCUAAAAACUUCAUUUGGAUAUUUAUCGAUGCUAUUAGCCGUUAAACAAUAG